AACAACACAAACUAUGCUGUAUGACUGCAGUUGAUGACUAAACAGUCCUGUUUGACCUUAGUCGCGUGUAUGGGUAAUGAAUUCCAAUGAGCAGACUAUUCAUGGACUCAACCUAUUAAGUACUUAAGGCUGGAAAGUUUUGUAAUGCUGGCACAAGACAUCUACAGCAGCAUUCUGAAAUAAACGCCUCCACUUGCUGUGAAAAAUAAAAAUUCCAAUGAUGAUCAAAUGGUUGGGAAUCACGAUUGCGCUACUGCAUGCUGGAAAUUACGUGGAAGCCAGCGGCAAUCACGCAGAAUGCUGGACUAGAUGGUAUGAUCGUGACAACCCCAGUGGGGUUGGAGACUUUGAAAUUCUAAGUAGACUGCGCCUUGAAAACCCAAUGGAAAUCUGCCCUGUGCCGAUUCAAAUUGAGGCUCGGACUGUAUCUGGAGACAGCGUAAGUUCAACAGGCGAGACGAUCAAUGCAUUUGACACAACAACAGGAUUUAGCUGUGUAAAUGCUGACCAAGCAACUGGAGGUUGUUCAGAUUAUGAAGUUCGUUUUCAGUGCCCCCUUAACUUCUGCCCUCUUGAAGAAUGCUGGACUCCAUGGUUUGAUCGAGACAACCCCCUUGGUCAUGGAGAUUUUGAAACUCUUCCUGACCUGCACAAAGAGUAUCCUUGGGAGAUCUGCGACCAUCCAAUUAAAAUUGAGAUCACAACCACAUCUGGAGAUGAUGUUAGUUCAACGGGCGAUGUGAUUCUCGCAGCUGACACAGACGUAGGAUUUGUUUGUAGAAAUUGUGACCAGCCGUAUGGUAAUUGUACAGAUUAUCAAGUUCGUUUCUUGUGCCCCCUUGAGUUCUGCAAACCAAAAGUGUGCACGACUCCAUGGUACGACCAAGAUGACCCUACUGAUGCUGGAGACUUCGAGUUACUUCAGAAACUCCAAUUUGGAAACCCAAAUGAAAUCUGCCCAUUUCCGCUUGACAUUGAGGUCAAUACUGUCGCUGGAAAUAGUCUGUCUUCGACCGGGGAUGUCAUUGCUGUAGUGGAUGCAACUACUGGGUUUAUCUGUAAAAAUUAUCACCAGAAGAGUGGACAGUGCUCUGAUUAUAAAGUUCGUUUCAUAUGUCCCAAUGAUUUCUGCAAAGAACAAGAAUGCUGGACUCCAUGGCUUGAUAGGGAUGACCCCUCUGGUGCUGGAGACUAUGAGACUAUUAGUAAGCUGCGGUGCAACUAUCCAUACAAAAUUUGCCAGACUCCAAUUCAAAUUGAAGUCCAAACUGUACAUGGGUUCAGUGUGGCUUCAACAGGGGACAUAAUUCAAGUAGCUGACGUCAAUACAGGAUUUAUAUGUGAAAAUUAUGAUCAAGAGGAUGGCACGUGUGCGGAUUAUCGUGUUCGUUUCAAAUGUCCACUUACUUUCUGCAAACCACCAGUGUGUUGGACUGAGUGGUUUGAUGUUGACGACCCCAACCAACAGGGUGACUUUGAAAAGAUUUCUACAAUUCGGGAGCAAUUCCCAUUGAGAAUAUGUGAUGUGCCUGCUUCCAUUGAGGCCCGCACAAAAUCCGGUGCCAGUGUGUAUUCAACGGGCGAUGUGAUUAUUGUAGCGGACACAGUAACAGGUUUUAUCUGUAAAAAUUCAGACCAGAAGAAUGGAAAUUGUUCUGAUUACGAAGUGCGCUUUGAGUGCCCCAUAAAAUUCUGCCAUCCAAAUUUGUGCUACACCCCAUGGUUUAACCAUGACAACCCGUAUGGAACAGGAGACUUUGAGCUUCUAUCUGACCUGAAGCAAUAUUAUCCUGGCAUCUGCGAACACCCUGUCGACAUUGAAGUUGUCACAGCUUAUUAUGACUAUCCUUUUACGUACACCGGCCAGACACCUUACAAAUUUAGUCCUACCGAGGGAUUUGCCUGUCGCAACCAGGACCAGACAAACAAACAAUGCUAUGACUACAAAGUUCGCUUUGGAUGCCUGUGCGAAGAAUGGUAAAGUGUAAUUUAGUCAAAUGUCAAAAUCUGUAUUCUGUAAAAAGUGUUAAUGAACUACUAAUUUCAACAACAACUUUUUUUUUUAUCUA